AUGUUGUGUAGCUUAUCCAUUUCCAGAUUCCUUUCGAGGAAGACGACAUCGUCUCUUCUCUCCCGCAAUUUCAGAUUCCUUGUCUCCGCCGAUUCUUUCCCUCCUCGCAUCCCGCUUCUACGCCCCUCUUCUAAUACCUUUAUCCCUUUCUUCUCCCGCCGUAUUUGGGACUCCAGCGGCGGCGGCGACGAUUAUGAUCACAUCAGAAGCGACGUCAAUUGCCCUCGUUGCUCUGCCCAGAUGCUCGUCGUCUUCUCCAAUCGCCCACUGUCACUCACCGCCAGAGAACCUGGGAUCUACCAGGCCGUCAAUUUCUGUCCCCAGUGCAAAACAGCUUUCUACUUCCGGCCAUUCAAGCUCUCUCCGCUUCAAGGAAGCUUUAUCGAACUCGGUAAGGUCAAAGGGACAUGGGACCGUGAUGGUGACCAUGAUGAUGAUGACCACGAUGAAAUCCGCCAGAGCUCUUUUCCUAGGAAUUGGAAAAUCCAGGGCCUUAGAAACGAAGAUGAUGAUGAUGAUCAGGAGGCGGAGGAGGAAAGUAAUGGCGGUGAUAAGGAGAAGCAACCCGUGUUGAAGCUUCCGACACCCAAGGAAAUCUGUCAGGGGCUCGACGAGUUUGUCAUUGGUCAGGAAAAGGCAAAGAAGGUGCUCUCUGUGGCUGUUUACAAUCAUUACAAAAGAAUCUAUCAUGCUUCUCGGGCAAAAGGGUCUGCUUCAGCGUCAGAUAACCUUGAUACGGAGGAUGAUGGCAUUGAUCACGUGGAGUUGGAUAAGAGCAAUGUGUUGUUGCUUGGCCCUACUGGUUCAGGAAAGACCUUAUUGGCAAAAACUUUAGCGCGUAUUGUCAAUGUGCCAUUCACCAUUGCUGAUGCGACUUCUUUAACUCAGGCAAGUUAUGUUGGUGAAGAUGUGGAAUCGAUUUUGUACAAGUUAUAUGUGGAAGCGGGGUGCAAUGUAGAUGAAGCUCAAAGGGGUAUUGUGUACAUUGAUGAAGUUGAUAAGAUGAGUAUGAAGUCUCAUAGCUCAAAUGGAGGUAGAGAUGUCUCUGGAGAAGGUGUGCAACAGUCAUUGCUAAAAUUGCUGGAAGGAACUGUGGUCAGUGUCCCGAUUCCGGAGAAAGGGUUGCGGAGAGAUCCUCGAGGAGAUAGCAUUCAGAUGGAUACAAAAGACAUCCUUUUUAUUUGUGGUGGAGCAUUUAUCGAUCUGGAGAAAACUGUUUCCGAAAGGCAACACGAUGCAUCUAUUGGUUUUGGUGCUUCUGUUCGUACAAACAUGAGUACUUCUGGGUUCAGUAGUGCUUCGGUAACAUCCUCCUUGUUAGAAUCUUUACAAAGUGAAGAUCUUGUUGCUUAUGGUCUCAUUCCUGAGUUCGUUGGAAGGUUACCCAUCUUAGUGAGCUUAUCUGCAUUAAACGAAGACCAGCUUGUACAGGUUCUCACAGAGCCUAAGAGUGCAUUGGGUAAACAGUACAAGAAGUUAUUUCGCAUGAACAAUGUCGAACUGCAUUUUACUGAAGGAGCAACAAGGCUAAUCGCGAGAAAGGCAAUGUCAAAGAACACUGGUGCACGUGGCUUACGGUCUAUACUGGAAAGUAUCCUCACCGAAGCAAUGUUCGAGGUGCCUGAUAGCAAGACAGAAGGAUCUCAAGGUAUAAAGGCGGUUUUGGUGGAUGAAGAGGCUGUUGGUUCAGUAGGAACACCAGGAUGUGGCGCAAAGAUUCUUAAAGGAGAUGAUGCGAUGCAAGAAUUUCUGGAAGAAACAGAGUCAAAGGAGAAAAGAAAAGAGUCUGAAGCGAAACGAGCUCAGAGAUUGUAG